AUGACUGCGAAUGGGUAUGUGGUGAGCGUCGCCAAGAGCGUAGAAGCAAACACGGUGCAGGGGCUGCAAGCGCAGCAGCGCGUGCUGGCGCUAGCGCAGAGCCGCGGCGUCGGAAUAGUCCAGAUGAACGGUCAGCGCAUCUACGGCCCGCCCCGCUGCUGGGACGGCCCGCCGCCCCCGCGCGGCUGCGAAGUCUUCGUCGGGCGGCUGCCGCGCGAUGCGUAUGAGGACGAGCUGGUGCCCUUCUUCGAACGCGUCGGCACAAUUUACGUGCUGCGGCUUAUGAUGGACUUCAGCGGCACGAACCGUGGCUUCGCCUUCGUGCAGUACACUACUCCGGAGGCGGCCGCGCUCGCAGUACGCCAACUCGACGGCUGUCACCUGCGGCCGGGCCACGAGAUCGGCGUCGUCCCAUCCGUGGACAACUGCCGCCUCUUCAUAGGCGGCAUCGCCCAGGACAAGAGCAAGGCCGAGGUCCACGAGCAAUUGGCGCGCAUCGUGGAGGGCGUGGAACGGGUGAUAAUGUACCCAGACGAGGACGGCAAGGCGCUCAACCGCGGGUACGCGUUUGUCGAGUUCCGGACGCACAGGUACGCCGCCAUGGCCCGCCGCCGGCUCGUGCAGCUGUGGGGACACAGCAUGGCCAUCGACUGGGCCGAACUGGAGCCGCAGUGCGACGAAGAGGUCAUGAAACAGGUGAAAAUUCUUUAUGUGCGAGGUCUCUCAGCAGCGACAACGGAAUAUGAUAUACGGACAAUGUUUGAAAGUGUGGCGGAAGAAGGAUGUAUAUCAAGGGUUAAAAAGGUGAAAAACUUUGCCUUUGUCCAUUUUAAAGAUAGAGAGAAUGCUGAAAAAGCAUUGAAGCAUUGGAAUGAGAAGAAGGUACAUGGAUCUGACUUGGAAGUGACUUGGGCAAAACCUGCAGACAAGUUACAAAAAAUUCCAACAGUGAGGCGUAAGCAUACAGAAUCUGCCAAGCAGAUGUCAAGAAGAAUCUCAUGGGCGACACAAGAAAUCCGUAGUGGGAUUUCAAGACUACAACUGCAGCAGCGACCUCCAACAAUGCAGUGCAGCAGCUGGUCAGCUGGCUAUGCUAUGGCUGCACAGUAG